UUAUUUGUACGUGCAAAGGAAUGUACAAUUUAGCUGUAUGUUAAUUACAAUAAUCCAGCUACGUUAUGUGUAAUGUUGUUUUAUUAGUUGACAGAUUUGCUUUUGAAGGCAUAUCCAAGACUUGGAAGUAUCUGUGGUGGCUGGAUGCUGCAUAAGUCUACAGGUGUUUUGGGGCUUCAAAUGUUGUUUUUACCUACAGCAUUCUCCUAAACCUCCUUAUGGUUACUGUAGAUGUUUUUCCAUUUCCAGGCGGGGGUGGGCAGCGCAGAUUAGUUGCUAUUCCUCCUGAUUUAGAUGGAUACAAUGGUCAGCAGCUGAAAGGAGUUAGCGGAAAUGGAAAGUACACACUCUACAUAGCUCCUUUACAAGAAGAAAUUGACAAGACUCCAUUACCACCAGAAGCCAAAGAGUUUGAAAACAUGCCCAAGGCCCCAAGCAGCACCUGCAGAAAGAUGUUUCCACUUCAGAUUCUUCCUGUGCACAUCAAAAGCUGCAAGGAGAAUAUAGACCUGUGUACUUCAUCUGAGAAUGAAAACGACAUGUGGGAAUGUACGCUUCCAGUGUGCUCCGAAAAACAGGAAGAGACUGCCGAGUGUCCAGUGUGCAGAAAAACAUUCGACAUUGAUGUCAUUGAAAGUCACGCAUCAGACUGUGGAUUACGAAGUAUGUAUCCUGAGAACAACGUGCCAACUGAAGCAAUACAUUCCUUUCAAAGCUCAGUGGACGUUUUGAAUUGGAUCCAGUGUCAAGUGGAGGAGGGCAGCACGUUUUACCUGUGCGUGUCUAGAAGUGACAUCUUCAAAAGAGGAAUGCAACAGUGGCAACGGCAGAAAAAAUCCUCACCUAAAAGCCGAUUGAAGGUUUCAUUUAUUGGGGAAGUAGGCAUAGACUCUGGCGCUCUCAGUAAGGAAUUUCUAACAGGUCUGCAGGAGAAAUUAUAGCUGCUAGUCUGGCGCAGGGUGGACCUCUCCCCAACUUCUUACGCGAGUGGUGCUUCAGGUACUCUGAGAUUCAGAUGCCAUACAAGUGUCAAGCAGUGAUGUCACAGAUGCAGAGUUGUCACAGCUUAUCCUGAAGAUAAACACCGCCACUGAGGAAAAUAUCAACGACCUUAGCGAUGAUAUUGUAAGCUGUGGAUACACUGGAAAGGUGUCUGUAGAAAAAAAAAGACCUCAUAAUCAGGGCGAUUGUGCUUCAUUCCAGCGUGAGAGUUAUCCCCAUGCUGGACCAGCUGAGAAAGGGUCUUCAACUAUAUGGCCUGCUCAGUGUUCUGAACCAACACCCAGAGCUUGGUCUGCCACUCUUUGUUCCAGGGGAUGAUGAUGACAGGGUGGAUGCUGCCUUCAUUAUGGAAAAAUGGCAACCUGUGUUCAGUGAGAAGGGCUCUCUGAAGUACACUAGAGAGGUCAACAUUAUGAACUUUUUUCAGGACUUCCUACAAGAGACUGAGGAUCGAGAGCAAGCUGACCAGAGUGAUGCGGACAACAACGGCACCACACAGGAGCUGACUGUUGGCAGAAUCAUGCAAUGGAUAACAGGGCAGGCAGACAAGCCUAAUUUACCAAGCGAGAUGAAUGAGUUCAUCAUAUCUGUCCAUUUCUACCAUGACUGUGACACACGUCACACCAUUUGUUUCCCAACAGUGAGUGCAUGUACUCGUACCAUUACAUUUCCAGUUGCUCACCUGACAACCUUUGAUGAAUUCAAAUACAUAAUGGAAAUAGCAAUGUCUCAUGGUCAGUCCUUUGAUAGGGUACGAAUCUCAGUUCUUGCAGAAAUUACACUACAGUUAACAGAGCCAAGUUUUUUUUUUCUCUUGAUGUGCUGUUUUGUUGUUUACACAUGCACACUCAUUUUGUAGUUUGUCUCAACAACAUUAAGUGACUGGGUGAUGGAUGGAUGAAUGAAUGGAUGGAGGAAUGAAUGGGCGAUGGAUGGAUGAAUGGUUAGUUGCACUUGACUAUGUUCCAUUACAGCACAAAUGUGCCAUUUUACAACUGUUUACAUGUGUUGAAAGAAAUGGCCUGUGAAGUUUCAUACCACUGCCAUAGUUCUACAUCCAAAUGUUUUAAGCCAGACUGAUUUAAAUUUUACAAACAGUUAAAUGUAGUUACAAGAUGUGCUUUAGUAUUUGUCUGAAAAUAAGCUGUGUAAUAAAAUUGACAAAUUGAGUUA